AUGACCACAAUGAUGACAGAAAUCAAGACACCUAUCAAGACUUUGGACAAUUACGAUACGCUAUCACUGGCGGAAAGCGAGCUGCCUCCUUAUUCUGCUAAAGCUUCUUCAUCACUACGCUCUCGCGAGUACCGCUUUCACAGAGGCAAUGGCAUAACAGGUCGUGCUAGGAUAUCCGGGCCAGAUGGAACGACACACAGCCUCGAUGCAGACAUACAUCGUAAGAAGCCAUCGACGAUACGCAUCAACGCAAGCAACAACUCGACUGGAGGGUUCCUGGCCUUCCCGAGCACACACAAUGACUUUCAGAUCAACACACCCAUCCCGUACGGCUCAUCAUCACCUCCAAUAAAACUUACACAGGCCCGCGCACGGGUAGGACAUCCACACCCAGCAUCAUACAGCUUCACACUACCCAGCAGCAAUCGAAAAGUAGUCUGGACGCGGUCGAACAAGCUGGGUGCAAGCCCGAGCUACCAACUCCGAGAGGAAGGCUCCAACAGCUUGAUGGCGAGUCUGCAUCUGGUACCUGGCCUGAAGCAUCAAGCCUCGUUACGUUUGUACGAAGAUGUGAGCGAUUCUUGGGAUGAGACGGUGAUACUGCUAUCGUUUGUGGGAGUUCUGACCAGACUGCACCUCAAAGGCAAAGAUCCUCCGGAGGCGAGUGGACAGAGAGGAAGGUGGAAUGGAAUGUGGUUCAUGGCUAUCUUAGGGUCGGCUGCGGUAGCAUAG